AUGCGGCCGCAAUUGUUCCGUGCGGCGGCCCGCUCGAGGAGAUGGUCCAGACUCAAUUGCUCCCGCACAUUCGCAACAAGUACCCCUCGACCUGCGGAGGUUGAGCUCACAGUUGAUGGAAAGAAAGUGUCGAUAGAAGAUAUUGUUAUCAUGAGUCGUAUGUGUCUAGUCGAAGUCGAGAAAGCCCCCAAACCAGUUGCCUCUUGCGCGUGGCCUGUUCAACCGGGAAUGGUGGUUAAGACGAACUCUGCCCUUACGCACAAAGCUAGAGAAGGUAUCAUGGAGUUUCUACUUGCGAAUCAUCCGCUUGAUUGCCCUAUUUGCGACCAGGGAGGCGAGUGUGACUUGCAAGAUCAGUCGAUGAGAUAUGGUGCCGACCGAGGUCGGUUCCACGAAGUUGGAGGGAAGCGUGCUGUGGAAGAUAAAAACAUUGGUCCCUUAAUUAAGACCUCUAUGAACAGAUGUAUCCACUGCACCCGUUGUGUCCGCUUUGCCAACGACAUCGCUGGAGCCCCAGAACUAGGGACAACUGGACGAGGAAACGAUAUGCAAAUCGGAACUUACUUGGAAAAGAAUUUGGAUUCUGAAUUGUCUGCAAACGUUAUCGACCUGUGCCCCGUCGGAGCCUUAACCUCUAAACCUUACGCAUUCCGAGCAAGACCCUGGGAACUCAAACAUACCGAGACCAUUGAUGUUCUCGAUGGAUUAGGUUCAAAUAUCAGAGUGGAUUCUCGAGGGAUGGAGGUGAUGCGUGUUCUUCCAAGGCUUAAUGAUGACGUUAAUGAGGAGUGGAUCAACGACAAGACCAGAUUCGCUUGCGACGGCCUCAAGACGCAGAGACUGACCACGCCUCUGCUCAGAAGGGACAAUAAAUUCGUGCCCGCCACAUGGGAGCAAGUUUUGACUGAAAUUGGCGGUGCUUUCAGAAGCUUGGCACCGAAAGCUAAUGAAUUCAAGGCCAUUGCAGGCCAUCUCGUUGAAACCGAGUCCCUCGUUGCGAUGAAGGAUUUGGCAAACAAACUUGGCUCGGAGAAUCUUGCGCUUGAUCAGCCCGGCGGCAGCCAACCAAUCGCUCAUGGUAUUGACCUCAGAUCCAGCUACCUUUUCAAUUCCAAGAUUUACGGCAUUGAAUCCACCGAUGCCAUUCUUCUUGUGGGAACGAACCCCCGCCAUGAGGCUGCUGUCCUGAAUGCACGCAUUCGGAAACAAUGGCUUCGCUCUGACUUGGAGAUUGGUCUUGUCGGCGAGUCUUUCGAAAGCACCUUUGAGUUUGAGCACCUGGGGGAUACUGCUGCCUCUUUGAAGGAGGCUCUUUCGGGACCUUUCGGAAAGAAAUUGGCCGCUGCUAAGAAGCCCAUGAUCAUUGUUGGAAGCGCCGUUGCUGAGCAUCCCGAUGCUAAAGCUUUGUUUGAAAUGAUUGGCGGAUUCGUCGAUAAGAAGGCUGCGACCUUCAAUACCCCCGAAUGGCAAGGAUACAAUGUUCUUCAACGCACUGCUUCUCGCUCGGGAGCGUACGACGUUGGGUUCACAACUCCCUCUCCCGAAGUCGCUCAGACUACUCCCAAGAUGGUUUGGCUGCUAGGAGCUGAUGAAAUCAGUGAAGCUGAUAUCCCAAAGAAUGCCUUCGUUGUGUACCAAGGUCAUCACGGUGACCGCGGUGCUGAACUCGCGGACGUUGUCCUCCCAGGAGCAACAUACACAGAAAAGUCCGGCACAUAUGUGAACACAGAAGGCAGAGUGCAGAUCACGCGCGCUGCUACGUCGCUUACCGGAGCCGCCAGGGAGGACUGGAAGAUCAUUAGAGCUGCUAGUGAAUUCCUAGGAGCCCCGCUUCCAUAUGAUGAUAUCGAGAUGUUGAGAGAUAGGAUGGAAGAGAUCAAUCCUGCCUUGAGAAGAUACGACGUUGUUGAAUCUACAUCUUUAAGCCAACUGAGCAAAACUCAACUUGUCGACCAAAACAGAGGGGCCAAGCCAUCCGGUGAACCGCUCAAGAAACCCAUUGAGAACUUCUAUUUCACAGAUGUUAUUUCCAGAAGCUCUACGACGAUGGCGAGAUGUUCAGCCGCCAAGGAGACCGGAAACCCGGAUAAUAACUUCAUGGCCCCCGGCGAACCAGCGCCGCAAUAUUUUGUAGCUCAAUAG